GGCAAUUUCGAAACAAAAAUCAACCCAUCCCACUCCAUCCAAAGGAAGAAGACGGGUGAGUUUCUUGGUGCCUUUAGAGAGGGGAUUUAUGGCCGAGACACUCUUGUCAUUCGGAUUCGAGAAGCUUUUGAACCUCAUUUUCCGAGAAUCAGAGCGAUUUCAGGGAGUUGGAGAGCAGUUCAAUGGAUUAAAAAGUGAAUUAGAGACGUUAAGAGGAUUUUUGAAAGAUGCAGAUGCCAAGAAACAUACAAGCGCAAUGGUGACAAACACUGUGAAAGAGAUCAAAGAGAUUGUUUAUGAUGCAGAAGAUAUAAUCGAAACCUUUGUUCUAAAAGAAGAACUCGGCAAAACAACAUGUGGUAUCAAGAAACGUAUCAGACAACUUGCUUGUGUUAUUGGUGAUCGUAGGGGACUUGCUUUUGAUAUGGAAGCUCUCAGUAAGAGGAUUGCUAAAGUCAUUCGCGAUAUGCAGAUUCUUGGCGUUCAACAGGUCAUUGCCAAUGAAAAUGUUACGCAGUCUCUACAUGAAAGAGAGAGGGUUAGGCGGCAAACGUUUUCUAGCGAUUAUGAAGAUCAUCUUGUGGGUUUGGAUAAGAAUGUUGAGAAAUUGGUUGGCUAUUUGGUGGAGGAAGAGAGAAGUCAAGUGGUUUCUAUAACUGGAAUGGGUGGUAUUGGUAAAACUACCCUCGCAAGACAAGUUUUUAAUCAUGAGACAGUAAAGAAUCAUUUUGCAGGAUUGGCAUGGGUAUGUGUUUCACAACAGUUUACAAGGCAGUAUGUCUGGCAGACGAUCUUGCGGAAACUUAGGCCACAUCUGGUGUUAGAGAUGACAGAAGAUGAGCUUCAAGAGAAUCUUUUUCAAGUGUUGGAAACACAAAAGUCUUUGAUUGUUCUUGAUGAUAUCUGGACAGAAGGAGAUUGGGACAUAAUCAAACCAAUUUUUCCACGGGACAAAGGUUGGAAGGUACUACUUACUUCUCGUAAUGAGGGUGUCGGAUUACAUGCAACUCCAACAUGUUUCACCUUCAGACCAGAUUGUCUAACUCGUGAAGAAAGUUGGACACUAUUUCAAAGAAUAGCAUUUCCUAGAGUUAACACUAGCGAACAUAAUGCUAAUGAUGAAGAAAUGGAAGAGAUGGGUAAGCAGAUGGUCAAACAUUGUGGAGGUCUACCAUUGGCUGUUAAGGUGUUAGGUGGUUUGUUAGCUGCAAAAUACACAUUUCCUGUGUGGAAAAGGGUAUAUGAGAAUAUCGGAUCCCAUAUUAUUGGAGAGGCUAGCUUCAAUGACAAAAAUAUCAGUUCAGUUUAUCAGAUUUUGUAUAUGAGCUUCGAAGAGCUGCCUGUUUAUUUGAAACACUGCUUCCUCUACCUUGCUCAUUUUCCAGAAGAUUAUGCAAUAGAUGUGGAGAAUUUGUACUAUUACUGGGCUGCAGAAGGAAUACCAAGGCCAAGGUAUUACAAUGGAGCGUCUGAUCGUGAGGUCGCAGAUGGAUACAUAGAAGAAUUGGUGAAGAGAAACAUGGUUAUUUCUGAACGAGACAUUAUGACUUCAAGAUUUGAAACAUGUCAGUUGCAUGACAUGAUGAGAGAAGUUUGUCUGCGUAAAUCAGAAGAAGAGAAUUUUGUACAAAUUGUUGAUGCAAGUACUGGAAACCCUCAAUCUCCAUGUAUAUCCCGCAGACUCGUCAUAGAUUUGCCUGGUCAUAGAUUUAAUAUGGAGGUGCAUAUGCUGAAUCCAAAACUCAGAUCUCUCUUGUUUAUCAAACAGCUUCCAAGGUUAGAUAGGUUGUCAACAAGUUUACGCUUUAGACGGCUACAGUUGAUGAGGGUUUUAGAUCUCUCUAGGUGCCGGUUUGAAGGAGGAAAGCUACCUUUUAGCAUCGGAAAGCUAAUCCACUUGAAAUACUUGAGUUUAUACCGUGCAUGGGUGUCUCAUCUACCUUCUUCUAUGCGUAAUCUUAAGUUGCUUCUUCAUUUGAAUCUGGAUGUUUUGGGAUGUCCUAUCUACAUGUCUAAUUUCUUGAAGGAGUUUCAAGAGUUGAGAUACCUCUACUUACCUUGGGAAAUACAAGAUAAGACAAAGUUGGAAUUGGGUAAUCUAGUCAACCUGGAGACGUUGCAUAAUUUCUCAACAAAGCAUAGUAGUGUUACGGAUCUUCAACGUAUGACAAGGCUAAGAUGUCUCUCAAUCAUAUUCAACAGCGAGGAGUGCACUAUGGAAGCAUUGUCUUCAUCAGUAAGUAAAUUUAAACACCUGGAGAGUCUUACUAUAUACGGUUAUAAGGUAUAUGCUCCCAAGAGUGAUGAAGAAGGAUUUGUUUUGGAUUGUGGUCAUCUCAAACAGUUAAAUUUGACUAUAUAUAUGCCAAGGUUACCAGAUGAGCAACACUUUUCUUCUUACCUUUCAACCAUAUCUCUACAUCAUUGUCGUUUGGUGGAGGAUCCAAUGCCGAUUCUAGAGAAGAUGCUUCACUUAAAGGUGGUUACGUUAUGGCAUAACGCGUUUGUUGGGAGGAGAAUGGUUUGUUCGAGGGGUGGGUUUCCUCAGUUGCAGAAGCUUAUAUUGAAAGAACUAAGUCAGUUGGAAGAAUGGAUAGUAGAAGAAGGAUCCAUGGCUCUUCUUAGUACUAUGACUAUUCGUCACUGUGAGAGUUUAAAGGAGCUUCCAGAUGGGCUGAGAUUUAUCACUUCCUUGAAAGAACUGAGUAUCUAUACAUCUAAGUGGGAAUUUUUGGUUAAACUGAAAGAAGGAGGAGAAGAUUACUACAAAGUCCAACACAUCCCUCUUUUGAAAAUUCCUGUAUUUGACAAGAAUACUUCAGACGAGGACACUCCAACAAUAGACGAUCAGGCGAAUAUCUUCUGAAGGGAAGAUCUUUCUAGUGGCUCAUGAGUCAUGAUCGUGGGAGAAGAGUAUUAUAAAUCCAUAUACAACAAUAAUAUCAAUAUUCUUCUUCCCUUGUGCCUAGGGGGGCGUAGUACUACGUAGUUUUUCGGUAUGACAUUUGAUUCUCUCAUUACUUUUUGAUUUCUUAUCGGGAGAAUUCUUCUAAGAUUUCUCAUAUGGUCCUUUGGUCUGUCUUGGUGUUCUUUGAGCUGAGUGUUUAGGAGCUUAAAUAAGUCUCCAUUGAAUCUUUAAAGACUCUUUUUGGCAUUUUAUACUACUUGAGCAGGAGCCACUUUAAUCGAUUUCCGAGAUUCUGAGCGAUUUUAGGGAGUUGGUGAGCAAUUUAAUGAAUCAAACAGGGGACUGCAGACGUUAAGGGGCUUUUGAAAAGAUGCAGAUGCCAACAAACAUAUGAACACUCUCUGUUGGUGUGGUUUUAGAAGAGAUGAUGAUCUAACCUCCUUGAAAGAACUGAGUUUGGAGUUAUGACAGUGAAAUUUCAUUAGAGUUUGGAAGGAGGAGAUAGUUUACUUAUGCAGACUCGACCGGAAAAAAAGAAAAAUGGGACGUUAAUCUAUCUGUUGAGAAGAUCCCUCUUGAGUUUCCUAACCCAGCUUUCAGCAUCAAUGUUUCAGUGGACGAAAUGCUUGAAAAGGACCAUAUAUCUUUCUGUUGGUAAGAAUGAGAUGCAAGGUUCGUUCUAAGCUCAAUAUUUUCGAUUUAAUUCCAGUAACCACUAUGGUAGCUGACUAGCUGCAAUGUUUUGAGCUAGCAUUAUAUAGUCAUUGUUAUAUUGUUUCUGUGAAAAAAAAGAAACCUCUAAAGAUUAUAUUGUUUCUGUGAAAAAAAAGAAACCU